AUGGGGCCCCCAAAAAAAAAAAAAAAAAAAAAAAAAAAGGGGGGGGGAAAACCAAAUGAAUCCUCGUGUCUCCCAGGCACCAGCCCGACUUCUGCGAUGGCACUUUGGCCUCCUCAAAAGUCUUUCGUCCUCCCCUCCAAACGCCUUCUUAUCUGCAACCCUGUCCCCGGCCGACGCCUGGUUUGCGCUGAGUUGAAUGCUGGCGGGCGCGUAGCUGUGCAGUGUGUGUGCGCGUGUGGUGUGUGUGUAAAAUGGGUGUGUCUGAGUGUGUGUAUGGUGGUGUUGUGUGUGUGUGUGGUGUGUGUUGUUUGUGCGUGUGUGUGUCGAGGCGCGUGUGUGGCUGGUCCGAGCGACGAGCGGGCGCGUGGCAUGGCACGGUCGUGGCGAGGCGAGCGCGUGCGCGCAUAUGUGUGUGUGUGGUGUGUGUUGUGUGUGCUGUGUGUGUGUGAGAGAGAGAGAGAGAGAGAGAGGGAGACAGAAUGUAUGUGUGUGUGUGUGUGUGUGUGUGUAAAACGAGGCACAAAGGUGGCCUGGGCUGAGCGCCGUGCGGCGCGUGGCGUGGUGCGCAGUAUGUGUGUGACGAGGCGCCUGUCGGCGCUGGCGCGCAAUGUGUGUGUACGUGUGCGUGUGUGUGUGGGACGGCAUCCCGACGCUGCGCUUCCAGCCGCCGCGCGACGUCUUCGCGCACCCGGACGAGAACCCGGACAACGCGUGCUUUUGCGACCCGGCGCACGCCGUCUGCCCGCCCUCCGGCGUCUUCAACUGCUCGUGAAACGUCCACAACAAACCAGCCACGCUAACCGGUUUAGGUCAAUUGAUGUCACUGCGGCGCCUUUGACUGGGAGGUCCUAG